AUGGCGGUUUCGGCCCAGACCAAGAACGCGCGGCGCCGCGCCAUGCGGAAGGCCAAAAAAGAAGAGACGCCAGCCCCCGAAUCAAGACCUGCGUCGCCGCCACCGGCAGAGAAGCCCGUCGAGCGAGAGACCAAUGCUGCGACCGAUGGAGAUGCCGCUGAACCCGUUACUUUUGAUGCCCACAUCGACGAGAACGAUCCGCUAUUUGCCCAGUUCCAGGGCGUUAUUCAGAGGUUCCAACAGACGGAUGCCUCCGAGGCUCUGAAACCAGAGAAGCCGGAGGUCUUCUAUGACGACAAUGACGACAUUCCCGACGAGGAUGAUGAAGGGCAGAAGAUGUCAAAAAAGAAGCGAAAGCAGCAGAACAAGCUGUCGAUCGCAGAGCUCAAAGCUCUGGUCAGAAAACCCGAGCUUGUUGAAUGGACUGAUACGUCGGCACCAGAUCCGCGAAUGCUCGUGUCCAUUAAAUCUCAUCGCAAUGUCGUGCCCGUCCCCGGACACUGGUCGCUUAAACGCGAGUAUCUCUCGUCGAAGCGCGGUAUUGAAAAGCCCCCAUUCGCCCUCCCCAAGUUUAUUCAAGAUACCGGUAUUGCGGAGAUGAGAGACGCGGUGCUGGAAAAGCAAGACCAACAGUCGCUGAGGCAAAAGCAGAGAGAGCGCGUUCAGGGAAAGCUUGGCAAGCUCGAUAUCGACUACCAGAAGCUCUACGAAGCAUUCUUCAGAUUUCAAACCAAGCCUGAGCUAACGCGGUAUGGCGAGGUCUACUACGAGGGCAAGGAGUACGAGACAAACUUGAGACAUCUUCGACCUGGUGAGCUAAGUGAAGAGCUGAAAGAAGCUUUGAACAUUCCGCCUGGUGCGCCUCCGCCAUGGCUGAUCAACCAGCAGCGCUUCGGGCCUCCGCCUUCAUAUCCUGCGCUCAAGAUUCCGGGCUUGAAUGCCCCACCCCCUCCUGGCAGCCAAUGGGGCUUCCAUCCAGGUGGAUACGGCAAGCCGCCUGUGGAUGAGUACAACAGGCCACUCUACGGAGGUGAUGUGUUUGGUGUACUUCAGCCGAAUCAAGAACAACCAGUCGGUGAGCCGGUCGAAAAGACCCUGUGGGGCGAGCUUCAAGAGCCCGAGGAGGAAUCGGAGGAGGAAGAGGAUGAAGACGAAGAGGAAGGUGAGGAGGACGAAGAAAUGGCGGAGGAGGAUGUGGGUGCGUCCAUGGGUGGUAUUGAGACACCGAGCGGCACAGCCUCUGCUAUGCCCUCAGAGUAUGGUGGCACAGAGAGCGUCGCGGGUGACUUCACGCUGCGCAAGCAGAAGCGUGGCACUGAGACGGAAGAGGUCACGCAGCCGCGCUCGGCUUACACGGUUUUGCCUGAGCACACGACCCGUGCCUCGGGCUUCUUCGGCAGCGAACGUGGAUAUGAUCUCAAGGCCGCUCAGCAAAACCUCCCGGUACUUGGACAGGAGGACAAUCGCCGGAAGAGGAAGGCUGGCGAUGUUGAUGUUAGCGUGGACGUGGAUGCUUUGGAAAGAGAUGACAAGCUGAGCAAGGAGGAGCUCCAGAAGCGCUACGAAGCUCAGCGGCAGGCCGAAGGACAGGGCCAGUGGGCCGGUAGGGUUGAUCAAGAUGACUUGAGCCAGAUGAUUGCCGAUGAGAGCCGCAAGCGGCUGAAGAAGGACGAAGAGCGCCGUAACAGACGCUAA